AUGUUUUAUCAUCAAGCCUCUUCUCACCACCAUCAGCACACCAUCAACACCGCUACAGCUCCUUCCGAUAGCAGCAGCAGCACCUCCUCCAACUCCAUCACUCUCUACGUUUCCUAUGAACCUUCCAUUGUGGUCCAACAACAACAACAUCAUGAUCCACACACCUUUCAUUCCAACUCUAUCAACUCGACCAUCCUCCAUCCUCUCAAUAUUGAUAUUUAUUCGAGUAUCAUUUACUCAUAUCUCGUAUUUUCAAAUAUUAAAUUUCAGGUGAAAAUAAGUCAUCCUUCUCAUAUUCUCUCAUCUCUCUAUUCAAAUCAUACCUCAUCCAAUGAUAUUCAUUUUCCAAUACUCGUACAUGACUAUAACGAACAUCAUAUUGUGAUUUAUGGAAUGAAAGAAAUUCUAAAUUAUUUGAAAAGUAAAGGAGAGAAUUUAGAUGCAAAUUUAACUCUUAAUGAACAUGCAACUACAACUCUUCAACAAAUUCAAACAGAAAUUGAAGCUUAUAGCAACAUUGUUCAUGAAAAAUGUUUACCUUUUUAUUUGUAUUCAUAUUGGUUUCGAGAUGAUCUUUAUCAAACAUUGACAAGAGAUUUAUAUUUUAAUAAUAUGAGCAGAGUAGUGAGAUGGGCAUACAUGUGGUCAGAAAGAUCACGUCAUGUUCAACUAUUGAAAAGUUUAACAAGUUUAAAAAAGUUUAAUGAUGAACAACAUGGUGAAGAAUCAUUCUUGACAGAAUAUUUACUUCCCAAGUCAUCCAUGGAGCAGAAUGCAAGUAUUAAAUUAUUUUUAGAAUGCUUGGAUUCAUUGAGCAUGUUAUUGGGAAGUUCAAAUCGAUUCCUUUAUGGAGAUUCACCUUCUACUUUGGAUGCCAUUGCAUUUGGAUAUUUGAGUACAUUGUAUUAUCCAGCCAUUUACAUGAUGACGAAAGACGAGAAUAUGAGUAGUAGUAGUAUCAGCAACAACAUACAUCAUCCUGGUGUACAGUUCUCUCAUCAUGCAACAUCACAUGCUUUCAGAUCUCGAUCACUCGAUGGUGCCAUGCUCAUCAUCACCAUUUUCAAUCGAUAUCCAAAUAUUCAGAGAUGGAUAAAUCAAAUUCAAGAGGAAUAUACCAUGAUUGAAUAUAAUAUACAUUUUGCAAAGACCCUCAUCGACAAUGACUACUCCAUUUCCUCCUCACCCAGUUUAGCUCCUCAAAUUGCUUCCUCACCCAAUCGAUUUAUUAAGGCAUCAAGCACCACCACAUCGGAAUCCUCUUCAUUCGUGUUGAGACAUGACAUGGCUCCCAACAAGAGAAAAUACUUUACCUUUGUGGUCGUUUCCAUUAUUGGAUUUUUAUUUUAUCUAUUUAAGGGUAUCAAAAUUAAGGUAUCAAAACCUGUUCCUGAAUAUCAACCUCCUGAAAUAUAUUAUUAUGAUAAUCAGUAUGAAGGAAUUGUUAGUAAAAAAUAA